UUCGAGCCCUAUGUCCACUAUACUACACCAUGCUGAAAACACCGUGCGACUAAGGAAACAACGGCUUUUAAAGUGAGUAGUUAAGAAUCAUUUAGUUACAGUUGUUAUACUCAGAAAAGGAUUCCUUUUUCUUCUUGUUGAAUUCUUUUCAUGUCCUCAGCAGAUUCAGCCAAGGAAACCAUAGAUAUUUUGCACGAAAUAGGAACUUUGCUUGGGGUCGAAUUAGACAAAACAGCACUUUCUCUUUGUGUAAGUCUAUGCGAGAAUAACAUACAUCCUGAAGCAGUUGCUCAAAUUAUUCGUGAAAUAUCGUUAGCUCGACAAGACGAGCCUGAAAGCGACACCUAGGUAUAUCUACUAAGAUUUUUUUUCUUUUUUUUUUUUUUUUAAAAAAAAAAAAAAAUUUGAUAUAAUUUCGCAAUAGGAAGAUUUAUUCUUGUUCUAUGAAAAUACUGUCCAAACAUCAGUUACUAAAUUUUGUGAUAUGUCAUUCCUUAAAAAUUGUUUACCUUCAAAUGCUCAUGGACAAGUCGUUGCAGCGAAGGAGCAUACAUAUAAUGUAAUUAUCAUGAUGCAUGGAUUAGGAGACUCAGAAUACAGUUUUGCUCAUGCUGCAAAGAACAUACCUUUACCGAAUACAUCGUAUAUAUCUUUACGAGGGGUGUACCGGCUUCCUCUUGAUUUUGGUACACCAGAAGGCAACUGGAUGUGGGGGGAAGAUGUUCAUUUCGACACGAACGGAGACCUUGAAUCUGAAGCAGAUUUUUCAAAAUGCCUUUCAGUCCUUAAGGAAUUAAUCAAAGGCAUUAUUGAUCAAGGGAUACUUUCAACACGCAUUUUCUUUUUUGGUUUCGGACAAGGUGGUAUGGCAGCUUUGUAUUGCGUAUCGCAGCUGGCCUCAAUCUAUCAAUUCGGUGGUGUUUUUUCUUUUGGUGGGAAACUACCGUUAGCUAUGACAUUGCCCUCAUCUCCCUUUAUGACUUCUGUUUAUUUUUUUGAAAAACGUAAGAAUAGUAGUAUUGAUGACUAUGAGGAAGGUCGUUUGAAGAAAACCUUCCGGUCUGUACAAAGGAUAUGCUGGAACAGGGAUGAGAAAACAGACAUGCCUUCUUCUCCAAAUGAAUGGUUUGUUUUUGUAGAAGCGAUUAGCAAAAAACUAUACGUUCAUAAUAAGCUGUACGAAGACGCAAUACAAUUGUCAUAGAAAGGAAGGAUCCGCAAUGUUUUUGAAUCUAUUUCAAUAAAUAUGGAUAUAGCUAUUAAAUAAUCAUAUAUGUUUAACAAAUUCUAAUUCUAAACUCAUGAAAGUAUGGAAAUAGCGGCCAUUACUUUGAUGACUCUGAAAAAGAAAAGCUACAGUAAGGAUGGUGCAUGCUCAGAGCUUUUUUCAGACAAACCACCUUUAUUUUCGGAUUGGCUGUUGGAAGAAAGAACUAGUAAAUCGCUCUGACGACUUUCAAAAUUUCUUGACGAGUCGGUUUUUGCACUCAUCCAAUCACCCCAUUCCGUCGAAGGCAUGGAAUUCCCUUCAUCCAGUUUAUCUGAAUUUUUCCUUAUGAUGCUAUUUCUCGUAAUUUGCGUUGGGUCUUGCCUUGAAGGUGAUAGUUCGAUAUUCUCAGCAAUCGCCUGAUUUUUGUCUUGUGGUUCGGGCGUUUCCACCUCGGGGUUACUUGACGGUGAAUAUGCUUCAAAAGCUUCAGUAUUGUUUGGUUUAGUGAUUUUCAUUUGAUUAUCAGAAGCAAUUGGGGGUGUGUCCGGAAGAGGGACGUUAACAUCCUCAUUUUUUGAAGAGGAAUGUCCGAACGUUGAUUGACAGUGCACGGACAAUUGUCGAUCGACCCUCGGCAUGUCUUUGUCGUUCAAAGUAGGUUUGUACGGAGACUCACUUAUUUUUGAGGGAGACUGUUGUAUAUUUGACGACAAUAAAACAUUGUUGUUUCGUGGAGACUCUAAACCAGACGACUUAGAGGGAGGACUGCUAAGGAGAAUUCGUUCUUUGGACUUUUGUUUCUUAUAUGAAGUAGACCAGCAAAAUACUGCACCACUUUUUCGAUGAACGUUUGUCCUCUCUUGAUUCCAAAAGGACAUAUGCUCACGAAGCAAUUUAUUAAUGGUACCAUGUCUCAGUUCCGGUAAGCCAUGCUCAGGAAAAUCCAACCGAAGUAACUUAUGAAAAACAGAUUCAGAAGUAGAGGUGAUUCCAACAUAGUUUUUGGAAGCCAUGGAAAUUCUUUUCGGUGGAAUUUGACGACCAUAAAGGUCGUCUAGUUGACAGCUUAGAUCAUCAAGAUUAAAAGGAUCUAGCUGAACAGCAUUAUCUUUCCAACUAUAGAUUUCCGAAGCAGCAAGCUUUGAAAUCAGAUCUUCCGUAGCUGAAGCCGAAGGAAAAGGAGUAAUAUCAGACCAAGUAUUGUCUCUUUGGCUGUGGUUGCCUGCCGCAAAAGAAGCUAUCAGAUCAUCCAUAGACAGUCCAUAACCCGUUUAAAUAGUAAAGCAAUA